UGCCGCGGAGGCUGCUGUUGUUCCAGCGCGGGGAGGAUGCUGCAUUAGGAGGGAGCGCGGCGAGCAGAGAGAGAUACGUCGCAGGCUCGUUUUAACAUCCCAGCAUACAUUUGUGAAGAGCCAGGGCUGCUAGAGCAGGGCGGGAAACACUGGAUCAUCUGAGGGAAAGGAAGAAGGAGGAAGGCAGCAGCUGGAAGGGAAAGGAGGGGGAGGAGGAGGGAAGCUUUGCCCAGACGAGGAUCACUUUCUGUGGGAGGACCCGGAGGCUGAUUCCCCUGGGGAAAUCACGGAGGGGGUGGUUCCUACAACAUCUGGAAAGGUGCAACUUGGGAUCUUUACAAGACAUUUAAAAUCACAUCACCGCAGCUGAAGCAGCAAGAAGGCUGACAGGGACCUGGAGUUUGUACUUCUGAAGCUUCACUGCAAGAAUACAGUUUUAUAAAGAGCGAAACUAAGCCGGAUUUAACCUCUGCAGAGACACAUCGGAGCAGCAGUGGAAAUCGAGGGAUGAAGGGAGGGAGAGUGGAGGAGGAGGAGAAGAGGCCGAUGGUCGGAGGAAAACAACAGGACCCACCUCAGUCUGCCUGCCUCAGCUGGAGGAGGAUUUCUGGGGAAUUACACGGAGAAUAAAGUGGGUUUUCACUGCAGACGGAAACAAAAAAAACAGUCUCCACCUCUCUGGAUUAUCAGUCCUGUGGAUUUAAGCCUUUACUGUUUCACACUCAGACCAAGCAGAUUGAUUUUUCCUGGUCAGAAGGAGACUUGGAAAUCACCAUGAGAAGCAGAGACACUGGAAAAUUCAUUUAGGUGAUAAAGUUUGAGCUGAGAUAUUUCAUCAGACAGGGAACUGUUGUGUUUUCUGUGCAGAGGCACCUGUAGGAGGCACAACACCAGAUAUUUCUGAUAGAGGAAGAGACUGUCUGAGCACCUACAUGUCAGACUGAGCCACAUAUGAUCCAGCAAGCUGCAGAAAUCUUUUUCAUUUCCUCUUUUUUGAUAUAAAGCACAAACAAUCUUGGAGGAAGGGAAGCUCUCCUCAUUUCAACCCUCUUUAACCUUUCUGUUUCUCUCCAUCUCAUUCUGUAAUUUUUCUUUGAAAGCACCUGUUUUUUCUUUCCUCUUUUCUCUGCAUGCCCGUGUCUCGUUUUAGCCUCUUUCUCCCUCUGUAGCGUCUGACAGGGAUCCCGAGAGGAUCCAGUCGUAUGAAGCAGGUGUUGAUGACAGACAGCAGCAGAGAGGCGGAGGUCGACCGAUAAAACCAGAUAAGUGAUGCUCAGUGACGGGAGCAGCAGGUAACAGAGGCAGAGUCUGCAGGCUAAUUCCAUCUCAAGGACCGUCUGUUGGCGAGGUGGGCAGUAACGAAACCAGAGGGAGGGGGGCAGAUGAUCGUCUCUGCAAAGCCUCAGCAUCUGCAGAGGGAAGUGAAUCAAAACAUCCCCUGCAAACAGCAAAGAAAAAGCACGAAUAACUGAACAGCAUUUUUAUAUAUUAAAGUUUCUUUGCAGUGACAGUAAAUGCACUUGUCUCAAUGUGGAGCUCAGGGAUUUAUCUUUAAAGAAACAGUAAACACAUCUGAGCUUAUGAUAAACAGGUAACAACAGAGAGAGUUAAAGUUUCCACGUCGAGCUCGUGCAGCAGAGAAAAUAAAAAGACUUAAUCCAACGAGAAACUAAAGCACAGAGAGUCAGAAUCAAACAUCUGAGACUUUAAGGAGGAAGCGCAGUUGAUCCGUCUUUAACUGCACCACUGAUCAUCAAACUGAUUAUAAACCACACACGGUUUGUGGAUAAGCUAAGAGAAGUGAUCCAAACGUGCUGCAGACAAGACUGAGCUGUAUGAGAUUAUCACAGGAGAGGAAAAGACAAGCAGAAAUUAGAUGCAUCUUUACAGCUCUUUGGACAGCUGAGUCAAACUGAACUGAACCAGGUGGAGACACGUGUUUACACCUGUGUGAUAGAACAGAGUCGAGCUGACAAACACACGUGGUCAGGACUGUUCAGAAACAGCUGAUUUUACAGAGAUUGCACCAAAACAUUUAAUACUUUUGACAGAGACUCUGAUUUCUCUGCUCUGGUCCUGAGGUGAAAUCACCACAGAAACUUUAUCAACUGUUCUCAGAUCAGGUUUAGACUAAAAAUUGAGUGAUUAAGCACAAACCCUACAUGGACUAUAGUUCAUGCAAAGUGCACAAACAGAGUUUUAUCGUGAUGACGCUACAUUCAGGUGUAAAGUUACUGAAAGUUUUUCAAAAACAGAAAAGCACAAACUGUUUUUUUUUUUACUCAAAUGAAAAGCUUCAGGUGCUCAGAGUUCAGCUCAGUGUGUAGAUUAUAAACUGACUUUAAAAGCACAUAUCAUGAGAAAAGCCUCCAUCAGGUGUUAAAAACUAGAUGUGACUAAAAUUUGCCAAAACUUCUGCAGUCACCUCUGUAAGCACAGACUAUUUAGAUUGUCUCAUUUUUCAUUUCAGGUGCUAAAAGUUUUUGUACCAAUUUUCCAUGAUUGAAGAACACAAAUUUACUUUUAUAUCAAUUUAAUGUAAAAUCAAAUUGACCCUUUAAGUCAUCAUAAUGUGGGAGCUUAGCUACAGUUAUUAGAUUUUUACCCAACAUUGUUCACUGAAUAUCAGCUGUUGAUAUGUUUUACCUGUAGGAUCAUUAAAGAAGAAAAACCUCCAGACAAAUAUUAUAUUAUAUUGGGGAUGUUCAGUUCUUAUUUGUUAUGUUCAGCUUCAGAGAGAAAAAACUUCAAUAUUUGACUUAAAAUCAGUGAUUUUCUUCAGAGCGUCUUUUCUUCUCUUCUCAGUCUAGAGACAUAAAUUAUUAUUAAACUUCUCUGUCACUGAUAUUUAAUAUUUCAGAUGUAAAUCUAUUAUCUGUAGAUCAUUUCCUGUUUGUCUCCAGUCUGUGGAGACAGGACGCAGUUUUAAACACUUGCUUAUGUUCAGAUGAAUUAUUGAACUGAAGUGAAAACUGCUGGAACAGUUUACAGCUGCGAGAACUCCUUCAUGUUUUAUUUAUGCUCACUGGCCUUGUUUCCACUGCGGCUCAAAACCGACCUGAGGAGACAGAAAACUCCACGUUUAGCUGAAGAGAUUUAACACUGAAGUGUUUUAGAAAGAUCAGUGGAGCAUUACAGCCUUGAAACAGAACCUCUGUGUAGUUUUAAUUUGAGUUUUUAUUCACUUUCAAGAGCAGAUUUCAGAAAAUCUCAGCAGAGUUUGGGAAAUAACACGUUUUUCUUUGUACAUUUACUUGCAGUUUGCAAUCAAAUAGAAAUAUUACAUACUCAUCCUUAAAAUAGUUUUGUUGUAUCUAUAAUUUUUUGGUGUUACUUUUACUUGGAAUAAUUACAGGGACUCAUUUUGUCUGAUUUUUAUUCACCUUUCCUUCACCUUUGAGUUGCACUCAUCAUUUUCUGGUGUAUAUUUUGUGUUCUCUGUCACCAUGAACAGACACUUAUCAUCAAAUUUAUUUUAAACCAGGGGAUUUGGUAUAAUUUGGUAACAGAUUGAAUUUUUGACCUGGAAAUUUGUAUUUUUGUUUCCUUUCUUUAGUCGUUUGAGCUGCAAACCUCCAAGAAACUAAGGAACUAACUGAACUGAACUGAAAUUAGCUCAAGGCAGACUUACAUGAAGUGACGUUAAAUCCACCAGAGUCUGUUAGAAAAGAUCCAGGUGAAGUAAACAGACAUCCUCUGUUCCUUCCCUCAGUGGGCUGAAUGAUACCUGAUGAUGCUGUAAACCUGUGCAUGUACGUGUGCACACGGAGGACAAACACACUCACAGAAAUGCCAGUGUGAACAGUGUGUAGGCGGCAACACAUUGAAUAAAAACACACACACACACACAUACUCACAUACACGCGCACACACACACACACACCUUCAUCUCUGCAGAGACCACACUCCUCCUCUGUCAUCCCUUCAUCAUCCUCACCAGGAACAAUUCAACAAUUUUUUUUUUGUCAACCACCAACUGAAUCUUCUCUAAAUUCUGAAGCACAAACUCUUCCUCCUCCUCCUCCUCCUCCAUCUCCUCCUCCUCGUCCCCUGCAGGGCUGAAACAAUCUGCAACGCAUGAAUAAAAAUUAAUUUUUCACCGUGAUGAAAAGACGCAGCAUCUCGCCUCUGUGCCCCCUGCAGCACGACAGAUAAAAGCUGUUUGCUGUGAGGAGCAUCACAACAAAAAACCCCCCCAAAAAAACAGAAAUGUCCUGCUCCUUUUGUCUCUCGUUUCAUCAUUGUUUGUGUCUGCGAGAGAGAAACGUGGAGAAACACAGAAGUGGGUUUCGCUUUUGUCUUCAGAGUGACAGAGCAGAGAGGAGACGACAGAAAGUGAACUCAGCUGGGUUUUUAUCACGAGUGACACUUUUCUGAACAAACAGACGUCUCUGUUGAAGAAGUUUGACACAUGAAAGCCUCUUAAACUUAAUGAAGCACAGUUGGGGAUUUUUUGAUGAAGUGGCUUUAUUUUUUAUGGGAAGUUUUGCUUUUCUGAGGAGAAAGUGAGACAACAAUUCCCCUCAUUGAGCGUAGUUGCCAAAACACUGACUGAAAAUUCACUUUUAACAAAAGUUUUUUAUAUCUCUGAGAUAAACCUGGAAAACAGGAGAAGAUAUUUGAAUCUCACUGGAACUUUUUCAGUAAACAGCUUAAUCUAAUUUCUUUGAAGAUUUAUGGUCAAAUUUUACAAGACCAAGAAUGAAUCUUCCUACAUAGAGGAUCUUUGUCAGAGAGGACUACAACUUCACUUUGUCUCAAAUCUGAUUCGGUUUCUUUAACCUGUCCCUUUUAAAUUCAGAGGACCUCAUCUUAGCUUCAGACUCUGUCGUCUACACAAACAUUCAUUGCCUCAUUGUUGGUCAAAGAUCAGAGGCUGAUAAAGAGGCAAAUUAUCACGCGAUCAGAGAGUGAGGACUGACCUGAGGACGUCUGACUGGGAGGUGAAAGGUCAGACGGACGAGUUGGAUUACUGAUACAGAGUGUCAGCUGUUUCCUGAGGGACCUGCAUAGACAGAAGAGAGAGGACGGAGAGAUAAAAAAGACGAGAAGAAAGCAGAGAGAGAGAUAAAGAGGACGUCAGACGUCAUCAUGGGCUGCAACAUGUGUGUGGUCAAACGUCCGGAGGAGCAGUACAGGAUCAUGUUCCAGCAGAAGGGCUGGAGUAACUCCCUGCGGCCGAUGGACAGACAUGGAAACAUGAAGGUCAGAGGACGGGGAGCCUCUCAGCUUCCACUAGACAGAUCACAAAACUCCCAGGAGCCUUUGAACCAAUCCGGCUCGGUCCGCAAGAGUCACAGGAGGAAAGGGACAUUAGUUUGCAGCAGCAAUGGGACUGGCAGCACCUCCAUCUCCUCUGUUGCCAUGGUUGCCAUCCCCGACUGCAUCGACAAUGCCACGCAGACGGACAUCAGCUUCCAGAACAUCAUGACACUCGGGAGGAGCAGAGGCCAUCACCACCACCACCAAGGCGGCUCCUCCCCUCCGCCUCCUCCCCCUUCUCCUCCCCUCCCUCACCUCAUGGGACCGUACGGGAUCAAUGAGUUCUGUGUAUUUGAGUACAAUGACCCCAAUGACUACUUUGACGUCUCGAAUCAUGAGGUGGACAGGCAGGAUGACCUGGAGUACGAGGAGGUAGAGCUGUACAAGUCCAGCCAGCAGGAGAAGUUGGGUCUGACGGUCUGUUACAGGACGGACGAGGAGGAGGAUCUGGGGAUCUAUGUUGGAGAGGUCAAUCCAAACAGCAUCGCAGCCAAGAAUGGACGCAUCAGGGAGGGAGACCGAAUAUUGCAGAUUAAUGGAGUGGAUAUUCAGAACAGAGAGGAAGCAGUGGCCAUUUUGACCAGAGAGGACAGCAUCAACUUCUCCCUGCUGCUCGCCAGGCCGGACAUAGAGAAUGACAACCCUGCUGAUCCAGAGGAGGACAUGGAGAUGACUCUGGAAGGAGGAGGUUUCCACCCAAACCCUCAAGCCUCCUCUUGCUCCCUCAACUCAUCUCACCUUUCUGGCUACUACCGCCUCCGCCGGGGAGGAGGAGGAGGCUUGGCCUGCCCUGGAGGAGGAGGAGGAGGAGGAGGAGGAGAAGGAGAAGGUGCAGGGGGUGGUGUGGAAGUGGAGGAAGAGGAGGAUGAAGAGGGAGAGGAUGGAGAGAAAGGACAGAAGGAGGACAGAGACCCACCUGUCCCCCUCCCUCCUUUGCUGAGUCUGGCUCCGCUGCUGUCCAAUAGCCAGGAGCUGGACAGCGGAGUGGGCCGGACCGAUGACAGCACCCGCUACGAGGAGCUCUCAGAACAAGACCUACUGGGGGACCAGACCAGUGCCUGUAACACCAACACCACCAACACGCCGGGCAGCACCAGGAAGUUCAGACCAGGACCCAGCCCCAGGCCCAGUCCCAGACCCAGUCCUGGCCUUGGCCCAAGCACCAGGCCAAUCCCCAGCCCUGGGAAUGGACGAGGAGACACUACCCCUCCUUUCCUCCACCUGCGAGACCUCCAGCUCAGCUCAGACUCUCUCCCCGGCCUCGACUGGACAGCUGGAGGAGGAACAGGAGGACCAGCGUACAGCCCCCACCACCAUCACCACCACAUGCACUACCACCACCAUCACCACCAGCCGCCUCUGACGAUGAUGAUGAUGAUGCCGGGCCUGACCGAGGAGGAGUGCCAGCGGUACCAGGAGCUGCUGGAGAUAAAAUGCCAGUACGAGAGACGCAACGAAAAACAGCAAAGAGAGGCGGCGAAAAACAACGCUGAAGCAGAAAUGAAAGAGCAAGAGGAAAGAGAAGAGGCAGAAAAGGAAGGACAAGAGGAAGCCUCUUCUUUGGUGGUGGAUGUGAACUGCAAUGAGACUUUCAGUGAGCACGAGUUGGCGCUCAUUGAUGAGGAGUUACGCCACCUGGAGUUUAAGUGUCGCAACAUCCUCCGUGCCCAGAAGAUGCAGCAGCUCAGAGAGAGGUGCCUCAAAGCCUGGAUGAUGGAGGAGGAGACGGUGGCUGCCGGAACAGGGCGACCGGGCCCUUUGGAAGCAGGUAUGGAUAAUGAUAACGAUGACAACGACGACCCUCACCAUCACGAGUUGUCGGCCAUCAAUGAGCUCCCGGAGCGGGAGCGCUCAGACGACAAAGACAGCACCAGCGCCUACAACACUGGCGGGGAGAGCUGUCGGAGCACGCCAUUGGUCAGCACUGAGCAGAUCCCGCCUCUCCAUGAAGAGGAAGAUGAAGGAGGCAGGCAACUGAUGUCUCCGCCUCCUCUCCUCCCCCUCGGUUACCUCCCCCCUUUGAACUCCCCUCUUACCCCGCGGCGUCACAGACGGGACAGAGAGAGACGUCACUCAAACCUCAGCUGCUCUUUCUCCCCUAGCACUUACAGGAAGAAUGAAACGGCCAAUGGCAACGUGGCAAACGGCUCGAGCUCCACCCCCUCUACACCCUCCAAGUUCAGGUCUCUGACCAGAGAGGCGGGGUCGUCUUCAAGAAGGGGUGUGGCCGAUGGAGGGCGGGGCUCAAGAGCAGGUGGAGCCACCAACAGGCCCGGAGGCGGAAGUGCAGAGUCCAGUCCCUAUUUCACCAGACGACACCACGGCCACAAUAAACCAUUAGAGCGCUACCAGAGCUGUAUGACCCUGCCCUCUGAGGGCCUGGUGGACCCUCUGGACCGAGUGAGAGACAGAGCGAGGGCCGAGGGCGAGGAGAGAGGGAUGGGCACGGGCAGCAGCGGCCCAGCCAGCCCCAGGAGUGUGAACAGCGCCCCCUGCGGUCUGGAGGACCAUCACGUGGGUGCUUCACGGUUAGGACUGGCAUUACCGCUUGGGUUGACACACUCGUCACCGUCUGCCUCACCACAGCGCAUGGAGUGGAAGGUAAAGAUUCGGAGUGAUGGCACCCGCUAUGUGGCCAAGCGGCCGGUCAGGGAUCGUCUGCUGAAAGCCAGAGCCAUGAAGAUCAGGGAGGAACGCAGCGGCAUGACGACCGACGACGACGCUGCCAGUGAGAUGAAACAGGGCCGAUACUGGAGCAAAGAGGAGAGGAAGCAGCAGCUGCUGAGAGCCAGAGAGUACAGACGAAGAAGAGAAUUCAUGAUGCAGAGCCGCCUGGACUACCUCAGAGGAGACAGGGACCCUUCAUCGUCAGCAGGGAGCGCUGAAGACCACUGUUCCUCCCAGCUUCCCCCCAGACAGGACUCCCCCAGCAACAACAUCUUGUUACUGAGCCAGAAGAAGAUCAUGAAGAAGAGGAACCGGCGAAUCCUUGACAACUGGAUCACCAUCCAGGAGCUGCUGGCUCAUGGAUCAAGAUCUCCAGAUGGAAAGAAAAUAUACAAUCCUCUUCUUUCUGUGACCACGGUGUGAUCUGAGCACAGAGAUGAGGAAAAGAGGAGGGAAGAGGGAAGAAACUGACAAUAGGAUAGAAAGACUUUGGAGAAUAAGGCGAAAUGAUGGAAGAAAAGAAAAAUUUUAAACUUUAAGAUCUGAUUAAAACUGUUCCCUGAACUGUCUUUUAUAGCAAGUGGAACAACAAAGGGGAGAAAGAGAAAGAUAUAAAGAAGUAAAUCAAAUGAGAGGAUGGAGUAUAAGCAAAAGUGAAAUGAGUUCUGAAAAGGCAGCGAUGAGUUAAUACUGAACAAGUGGCAACAGCCUCUAAAAGAUCUGGAUUGACCCUUUAGUCUAGAUUUUUUUUUAUUCACAGAAAAACUGUGACUUGAAAAGUCGAGUAACUUUUUACAACUUUUCAGGUUAGAAAAUAAGAAAGUAAAGCUUAACCCUACAGCUGGACCUGGACUGGAUCCUGAUCAGGACAUGGGUCUCAGAACCAAACAUCUUUCAUAUAAGGACGACACUUGAUAUGAACCAGGUUGUUCAAUCUCUCUCCUCUAUGACGUCCCUUCAAACUUCAAGUAAAGACAUAUUUAAGGAGGGAGACAGUUUGUUCUGCUUCUCAGCCCCAUUCAUGAAAGUGCUCCAUGGUUUGACAGGACUUGGACAGGUUUGAUCUCCCAGAGAGUUCAGACACAAAAACAUUGCAAACCCAAGUCAAAGGAAGACACACAUUCACUUGGGGUGAAGGAGUUAAAUGUUUCAGCUUGAGCAAACAUGUUUAUCCCAGGAGGGAGACAAAAGAACUCUGAGCUGAAGACAGACAGGUAGACUCAGACCACACACACGGCUGGUUGCUAACUAGUUUACAGCUAACAUACAAAGUGCUGAUGCCCCUUCAGUGGUAAAGAAACUUUGAACAAAGGCAAUGAACUGCCAACCGACUCAUGGCUGCCUCCUCUGGUUCAAGUUCAGUUUAACUGCGUCGAGUACAAACGCUCAGAGGGACUCGUAGAUGUGAUGACAACCUUUGAGAGAAGAACUUUUCAAUGUCACUUUGUUAUAAUAUAAAAAGUGUUUCAGAAGAUUCAGACUUUUGCUUCAUGUCUGAGAAUCUCACCAACAUUUUUUCUCAGAGGACGAUAAAUGUACAUAGAUUUAUGGUGUUGACACAUAUUGAAAAAAUAAUCAUAAAGUAUUAUUGAUACACACAGCUGAAGACCAAGAUUCAGUAUUCAACCACUAUGUACAUUAAAGGAAGAAUUCCACCUUUUAUAUAUGACAGUCAGAUCUCAUUGAUCUGUGACAUUCACUGUUUAAUUUGACUGACCUGCCUUUAAAUUUACAGGUGCAUCAUUGUAAAUCUCUUUCCCAGAAUGCCUUUUGAGGCUGAGGGGAAAGGAGACUGGUCAAUGAUUGUAUAUGAAGAUGAAUGACAUGACAGCUCUCCAAAAGUGAAGGCGAGACAUCUUGAUCGCCCCUGGUGACUGGCUGCUGUAGAGCUCAUAAACCCCGCCCCCCCCUCCAUAUUAGCAGAUGGGACAUUGACUGAACUGAAAACAUCAAAGUACACAUCAAAUACAUUUUUCCCAAAAAUUAUUUCUCACAUUUUAGAUUGUUCUUAUAAUGCUGAUGUUUUUUGUAACCUACAUGUACGGCCUCAUCCCCGGAUCACUACUGUGCUCCAAAUGACGUCAUCAGCGCAGAAUGGCAGCACUCAUACCCAGAAUGUUUUGGCUUAAUUUUUGUACGGUGGGAGGAAGAGGAGACGUGUCGUCCAUCUUUAUAUACAGUCACUGGGUCUGGUAUGAUUGUUUCGUUUUUUUACAUGGCUAAUAUUAUGUCCAUUAAAUUGUGCUGCUUAUGGGUUUUUUUUCCUUUGACAGCAGGAUGGUUCACAGCGUGGUUGGAGCUUCAGGCUGUGUCUGUGACCAUGAUGUGUAAAAUGAAAUAUUCAUACUGAGUCUAAUGAAAUGCAUGAAUUAAGUAUUGAACGUUGUGGAUUAUUGGACAUAAUUCUUGAAUCUAAAGUGAUGUAGUGUACAAAGCCUUGUGCAGACAUUUUCAGUAGUGAAAGAUGUGAAAGUGCAGAAAAUUCUGAGUUAAUUAAAUUAAAUGAAGUGAAAUGAGA